AGCUGACUGAAAUUUAAGGUAAUGAUGAAGGUGUCACUAUAUGGAUGAUCUCUUAUUUAAAAAUAUUUUAUGUUUGCAGCGGGCACUUAUUAGUUGGCAGAUCGUUUGUACUCCACAAUGUCGAAAAGGAAGAGACAAGACUCCUUUGGUGAUGACAGUGAAAGAAUUAUUAACGAACCUAGCUUAAAGAAUGAUGUAAAAGAAAAGGUAGAGGUAUGCAAGACGAAGGAACCACAUACCGAACAGAAAUUGAAAGAUGAUGAUGAAAGAAUUAUUAAUGAACCUAGCUUAAAGAAUGACGUAAAAGAAAAAGUAGAGAUAUGUAAGACGAAGGAACCGGACACUGAACAGAAAUUGAAAAAUGAUAUUGAGAAACCCGAAAAAUCCGUCAGCGAUGACACUAAAAAUGAACCAGUUACUAGAAGGAAGAGAAAAAGGAGUGAUGAUGCGGAAGAAGAAUCCAGUGCCAAACAAAUAAAGACGGAUGUAAAAGGGAACUUAGAGAAGAAACCGAUUGCUAAAAAAGUAUUUAAAAAACGUUUCAGCAGAAACGAAUGUGUCUGCUCUCCCGAUGGUUCCCAACCCCUGCAAGUGCAAGCACAAGAAGAACAAGACGCACAUAUUCAAGUUGAGGAGUGGCGCUUACAUAAGUUCCAAUCACCCAUCCAACUAAAUCACGAUGAAAGUAUACAUCACGACCAUUUCGAGCCACUGGAAUUCCACGGUCACUGGGAUGAUGAGGGCGAAGCAACAUUCACAAAUAACGGAUUCACAGCUACACUUCGCUUCUACGACAGAGAGUUACCCAUUUUGAAAGGAGGACCCCUCCACGAUGAUCAGUAUGUGUUCGAACAGUUACAUUUCCACUGGAGUGAAGAUGACCACAGCGGAUGCGAACACAUUUUUGAAGGACGAGCAUAUUCCAUGGAAGCUCAUGCUGUACACUACAACCAGAAGUACUCAGAUUUCAUCUGCGCUCAGAACAAACCCGAUGGAUUGGCAGUUGUGGCAUUCUUCAUCCAAGCUACAGAUAACGAAGAUAAUCCUUGCUUUAACAAACUAUCGACUGCCGUGAAAGACAUGAUCAAGAUUAAUUCCAGAACUAAUGUAGCACCAGACUGUUUGACAUGGUUCAAAGAUGAGGCUCAUUGCAAAGGAUACUAUACAUAUCAAGGAUCUUUAACUACAAAGCCAUAUACCGAAAGUGUGACCUGGAUUUUAUAUCCUCAGCCAAUUCACGUCUCAAGGCAGCAGGUGGCAAAUUUCAGAAACCUAAAAUCUACACCGUGUGAACAACACAACAUCACAAAGAAUGUGCGUCCAAUUCAAACGCCCCCAGAACAUAAGAAGUUGAAUGUUUUCUAUGCACGAUCACACAGACAUAGCACUUCCGAUUGAUUAGUUGUGUUUGAAGAAGAAUAUUUAAUGAAAAGCCUUCAUAUAAUUUCUUGCCAUAACAUGGCAGUUAUUGAGUUACGUUGUUGAGUAAGACGAAAUAAUGAUAAUUUUAUACACUACAUAAUAAAAAAAAAAUUAAACUUUAAAACAAAUGUAUUUAAUAUUUUCAAUUGCACUUUAUAUAUUUUGAUAGUUUUACUAACUAAAUUGUCGUUAGUUUAUAAGGAUGUUGCUUAAUAGUUUGUAUUGACAUACAAGUGAAUAUUAUAUAAACACUAUAUUAGCGUGGUUAUUAUAUAGAUAAAUA